AUGUCUACCGAAAGCUGGUCGGCUGCCAUGGCCGCGCGGGAAGAGCGUACCUUUCUUGUUGUCCUAUCAAUCGAACACCCUUCGGCACCCGGCUUCCUAUGGACUAUUGUCUUGCCUAUUGAUCAUGCGCUCGCGUCUUAUGCCAAAGAGCAAGCGAGCCGGAGCGGCGGCGGCGGCGACGCUUGUCAUGAUCCUUCUUCACCUUCAAGUAUCAUCGUCGCAAUCUACACAAACCGACGACGGGCUUUCAUUUCUGCGAUACCCAUUUCGCCAUAUGACGAGUCCGGCGAAGAACGAGAUUCCGACUUCUCUACCAGAGCUAGCGACGCUGGUCAUACACAAUCCAACGACAACCGCGACUCGUUUUGUAUCGGCCAGGGCGCCGUACUAGACCGCGAAAGCGGUAAAUUCCAUGUGGACUGCGAUGUGCGACAACCUACCGGCAACGAAACAGCAAAUGGCAUCAUUUCCUUCUCGAAUAUCAGAAACUACUGGUACGACACCGGUCCAGGCUUCCUAUUCCAGAACUUCGUCAACGUCCAAGCUGGGACAUCGCCAUCCUCAGUCACGCAAGCGCCAACCCAUCAUGGUAGCCGCCCGUUUACAAUCCUCGUGAAGAGGGAAGGCCACUCCAAUAUCUGGCACUCUCUCAUGGAGAUAUGGUCGAUGGUUAUGUCCCUCGACGUCUUGCGUCUCAGUCACGACGGGAACGAUCUUAGCAAACCUUUCUUUACCAUCCCUGGGGAUGUCCCACGAACCCAAGUAGUCUUCCUGGACAACCAAGAAGAAGGACCUCUAUAUCCAUUAUGGGGAAUGUUUGCAGGUCGUGAGCCACUUCGCCUCAGCAAGGUCUUGGAAGACCCAGUGCAAGCACAGGCCCUCGCCGAGACGCCUCAGAACCUCAUCAUUCCACUCGCCGGAGGGAGCAACCCUCUGUGGCAGAACGAUUGGGAAGAUAGAGACUGCAAGGACGCGCCGCUACUGAAGGUCUUUACACGACGAGUGAUGCAGCAAUUUGGCGUCGAAUUCGAGACGGGGCGGCGACAAGGCAAACCACUCAACGUCACGCUCAUCGAUCGACGGGGCUCCCGCAAGCUCCUGGACCAGGAAGUCUUACUAGACGCAGCUCGAAAAGCGUUCCCCGACGCCAACUUUCAGGCAAUCGACCUAGGAGCGGUGACCUUCCCCGAACAGCUUCGAAUCGUACAGUCCACCGAUAUCCUGGUAGGCGUCCACGGCGCGGGACUGACGCACACAAUGUUUCUCCGGGAGAACGGCGCCGCGGUCGUUGAGAUUCAACCGUCGAGCAUGUCCCACAAGGGAUUCAGGAAUGUGGCGCAGAUGUUGGGCCAUAAGUACUUUAGCACCCACGCCGAGAUGGUGGGACAUGAGGAGGAUGAUAAGGGCAGGAAGAGAGGUAUUAUCCGACGAGACCGAUGGCACUGGGCCGAUAUUCGGAUCGAGGAGGGUGCCUUUCUUGAGUUGAUUGGACAAGCUGUGGAGGCCAUGAGAGAAUAG